GGAAUCCGUUACAAUCAUCCCGAAAGAAAAAUGGAACAUUGAGUACAUCGUGCCAGAGGAACACUGCGUGAAAUCAAAUACAGAAUGUCUACAGACCACGUAUGAUAUCCAUAGCAACGCCAUUAGAGUGGAUGCAGAGAAGAGCGGCCAGGGCAUGAAACCGAGUCUGGCAAUGGACGAAUCUGUACGGGCUGCUUAUCUUGUUGGAGACGGAGUAUGUAAAUUAAUAAUACAUUACUAUAUAUUAUCCCACUGGCGAAGCUAGCCAUACCAACUGGCAACAAUACAUUUGCAUAACACAAUUCCUGUUGCUAUUGCAUAGCUUCGCCACUGCAUUAACCCAAACCAAACCAAACCUAAAAUUUUUCAAUCAAAUUCCAGGUUUCAUUGCGGGUAAAAAGCCAGACUGUGCAAGGCCGUUACAAGAUUUUAGUCCAUUAUUACCAGCCAUCACAUGGCAAAUAUAAUGGUCGUAUUAUUGUUCAAAGUCGUCGCUCCACAGCUCUGUAUUUGAGGUUCAAGCACUGUCCCAAUGUUGGUGGAUGCCGGGCAUUGGCUAGAGAUAAAAUAACUCAAAUGGGUCGCUCUCUUUAUAUCUAUAACAAAGCGGAUAUCACUAUUUCUAUCUCGCCUAAUAAUGAAGUCUGGAUUGUAAGUAUUACAAUGCCAUACCAUAGUAACCAUACCAUACCAUACCAUACAUGUCCCAUACCAUACCAUACCAUACUAACCAUACCAUAGUAACCAUAUCAUACCAUACCAUACCAUACCAUACCAUACCAUACAUGUACCAUACCAUACCGUACCGUACCAUACCAUAGUAACCAUACCAUACCAUACCAUACCAUACCAUAGUAACCGUACCAUACCAUGCCAUGCCAUACCAUACCAUACCAUACCAUACCAUGCCAUGCCAUACCAUACCAUACCAUACCAUACUAUACCAUACUAUACCAUACCAUACCAUACUAUACCAUACAUGUGCUAUCCCAUGCCAUACCAUACCAUACCAUAUCAUAUAAUACCAUACCAUACCACACCAUACCAUACCAUACCAUACCAUACCAUACCAUACCAUAUGAAAUAGUUCAAUACUACGUAUUUUUCUCUAGGACUAUAUCUUAUUUGUGCCAAGCCGUCAUUUUAACGCCGACAUGGAGAAACAGCAGCCUGUCAGUUUAGCUCAGAAAUUUAUCAAGCAAUGUGGCAAAAAUGAUUUUAUCGUCGAUAGUUCCUCGCAGUUUUGUAAAGAAUCCGUCUUUACCAUGACAACCAUGUUCAAUGGCGCAUUAACGACGUGUGAUUGCGAUCGGAAUGGUUCGACAUCCGCCGUGUGUGACAAAUUUGGCGGCCAAUGUCCCUGCAGGCAAAAUGUCGUCGGACGAAAAUGCGACAAAUGUAUCGGAGGGUACACUGGUUUCCCCAACUGCAGACGUGCUUAAGAGCUGAGACACUCCAAAUAUUCGUUGACCUCGUUUUCUUUGAGUUUUUGUUUUACUUUAUACUCUCUUCUUAACCCAGCAGAGACGUGUUUUUAGUGCGAAAAGCCUUGACUAAGUCUAGAACUAGAAGUAUAUUUGUUUUUGCCAUUCAUUCAAUAACAUUUUACAAUGGCAUUUAUUUUUUAGCGCGCUGUCGGCUUAUAUUGACAACGAUUGAUCCUUUAAAGGGAUAGUCUGAAAACAAAUAUAUAAACUAUAUAUAAAUACAUAAAUAUUUUAAAGAAGUACAAAUAACAUUUCCCAUUUCCAAAACUAAAAUUCAAUUCAUUUGAAUGUUUUAUUGACAUUUCAUAUACCAAUUAUAACAUACAUUUUUGUGUUACUAAUUGGAAUUAAAAAACAGAGACAUAUUUUGGGAUUGCAUAUUUGUUUCUUGAGCCAGGAAAAUAACAGUAACUUACUCAUGCCAUUGAAAUAUCAAAAGUUUACUGGCCAAUAAUGCUUUAAUAUGCCACUAAUUUACGCUUUACCCACGUAAGAAUCUCACAACUUGUCAACAAGAUGUGUUCGCAACAGGUUUGUAGCAAGCUUGUCAACAAGUUGUAACAAUGCUGUUAUUUUAUCAAGUUUCUACAAGAUUGUCACUCAACAACUUGUAACAAGUCUGUUAAGCUCAACAACCUUGUAGCAAGUUGUCAACAAGCCGUAUGCUGCAAAAUUAAAGAUGCACAAAGCAUGUGCGUUGCAGCCAAUAGAAAAACACAUGCAUGAAUUUAGAUUAAUCAUGAAGGUCGUCAUCAGGAACUGAACUGGCUGCCUCUGCUUGACGAUCUACCUUCCAAACCCUUCUCAGAUCCACCAUCUUGAGAUUUUUCCGCUUCUUUAAUUUCAGCAGCUGUUGAAUAGUAAAAAAAUAAUGUCCUGGGGGUUUUGUUGCCACAACAAUUUUGUGUAGCUACCUCCUUUAGGAUUAUUACAGAAUUAUUAACCUCAGUUUUGGCUACAAGGUAAUUUAAGCGGC